GCAAACGUGUUUCCGAUCGGACACAUUUGACAGAAGGACCUCAUUUAAAGAGUGACACAUGCUCGCUUUCUGAGGUUGCAGAUUUGAAGAAGACGAAAUGAGCCUAAAUAUUGUUUUAAUGCACAUUUCAACUCUGGAACGUUCUUAGACGAGUGGGCGUGGAAGAAUUUGUGAUCGUUUGGCGGGAAUCAUCAUGAAGAAGAGACUUGCUCACAGCGUGAAAGAGUCUCCUGCACAGGUGUCCACCAACUACCAGGUGGGCCAGGUGUCAGGAAGUCUGCUCCAGAAGAACUCUGCCACAUCCGCAACACUUUCAUCUUUGUUCAGCAGCGCCCAGCCCCGCGCCGCGUCAGCCCUCUUCGUACCUGCGCCCCAGCUGCCUCGCCAGGUCAGCCUGCAGGAAGCCCAGGAGGUCCGAGGUCAAGGCCGUCCCCAGCAGAAGAAGCUGCUCAAGAAGAAAUCGCUGGCCGAGCAGAAAUUGGACGUCAGAGAGAGCAGCCUGCAGGGCGCUGACGAGGGGGAGCCCGGCGCCAGGAAGAGGAAGCGGGAGGCGACGGGCGACGAGGAGGCGGAGCAGCACUGGGCGGUGAAGAGGCAGAAGUUGCGAGCUCACAAGCAGGAAGAAGCGGCCAAGGCGCAGAGGAGCGUCUUUGUGGGCAACCUGCCGCUCAGCUGCACGAAGAAGACGCUGCGCGGCCUCUUCAAGCACGACGGCGCCAUCGAGUCCAUACGCUUCCGCUCCGUGGCCCCGGAGGACCCGUCCGUGUCCCGCAAGGUGGCCGCCAUCAAGCGCCAGGUCCACCCGCUGAAGCAGAGCGUCAACGCCUACGUAGUGUUCCAGGACCAAGAUGGCGUCGCCAAGGCCCUGAAGAGAAACGGUGUGGAGUUGGAGAAGGAUAUCUUCAUCCGGGUGGACCGAGUGGGGGGCGCCUCGCACGACAACAAACGCUCCGUCUUCGUGGGCAACCUCCCCUUUGACGUGAAAGAGUUGGCCAUGCGGCGCCAUUUUGAGGAGUGCGGCGGUGUGGAGGCGGUGCGUCUGGUGCGGGACAAGAACUCUGGACUGGGCAAAGGAUUCGGUUACGUCCUGUUUGAGAACUCCGACUCGGUCCAACUGGCGCUGAAGCUGGACGGCUCCCAGCUGGAGGGCCGGCGCCUGCGCGUCCAACGCUCGCUGAAGACGGAGACGCGGACGCAGAAGGGCGGAGCCAAAAGAAGUUUCCCGGGGAAGAAGAGUGGGCCUAGCCGCAACUUCCGAGGCGAGCGGGCCGAGCCCAAGAAGAAGAAGUCGGCCAAGAAGAAAAUGAAGGCAAAAAAGAGCCUCCGCCUGACAGGAAGUGGGCCAACCAAAUAAAAAGCCUCACUGUAGAAAUGGAUACUUGGACUGUUUCUGUGGUGUCCAAACAUUUUACACUGAAAAUGUAAACUUUUAGAUAAAUUCUCCUUUUGAAAAACAAUAUUUGUUGACCUUUAAGGUUCCCAUCACAUUUUUAUUUUUUAUUAUUCACCGCUUUCAUCUCUUGGACUGAUAGAAAGUUAACUUUUUACGUUUUAGGACCUUUUUGUCAAAUAGCUGUGGUGAACAGAGGACUGAUUUCACCACAGCUAGAGUGUGUGUGACUAUUAUUGCUACAUUAACUUGUUUUGUAUAGCAAACAUGCCAGAUGAAAUGUUGUACUAUAUUAAUUAUAAUAAUGCAUGCUUGAAUAGGCUAUCAUCCAUUACAUGGACUUAAGUUGUUAUUUAGAAACACUUUUAACAGUUUAAACAAAUCCCACUAAAACUGUCAAGGAUCCAAAUGGAUACCACUUUUUUUUUCUUCUUUCAAAGCUUGAAUCUCUGAUCUAUUUGUUCUGCUCUCUUUUCCCCAAAAAUAUAUUUAGUAUCUAUUGUGAAAAGUCCUUGAACACCCCACAGUUGCUUUUGACAGUUUAAAGAUGAUUGGAACUGUUGGGAGUCAAGUGUUACUAGUCAUUUAAGAGGUGAGCAAGAAAGACUUUAAUCUUUACCAGCUAAUAAAAGAACAUCAACUUUG